CGUACCCAAAGUCGCUGUCAAAUUCAAAAACAAAACAAAAACACAUGAGUUUUCUCGUUCGCGACGAAAUUUCGAGCGUAAAAUACCAUGAAAUAUGAGUGUAUAUCAUGACGAAAUUGAGAUCGAGGACUUUGAAUACGACGAGGAGGAGGAAAUGUACUACUAUCCAUGCCCGUGUGGCGACAGAUUCGAAAUUAGCAAGGAGGAAUUGAUGGCAGGAGAGGAAACAGCGACAUGCCCAAGCUGCAGUUUGAUUGUAAAAGUGAUAUAUGACUUGGAAAUGUUUAAAGCAGCUGACGAUGAAGUUCAAUUAGAUGAUAGCAUGAAAAAAUUGUCUUUGGAGAAGAAUUAGAUUCGGAUUUUUGAUUAUUUAUUGUAAAUAAACCUAAAAUAAAGCGAAAAAUUGAGAAAUU